CCAGUCCUGUGCACAGCGAUGAUGAAUCAUCCUCUGUUUUCAUGGAUGAACAUGGUGAUGUGUCAUGGAUCCCAGAGGAGGAAAUGAGAAGUGACUUAUCUGAUGAGGAACCACUGCAGGAAUCUCUCCCUGACCUCAAUGCUGCUGACAAGUUCAUUGUGUGCCAAAGCCAGCUGAUGUCUCUCUUUACAAUUUGCCCGGUAUGUUGUGAGGAAACCCAAGGACAAAUUGAGAAGCAGGAGGGAACUUUUGUAAAAAUAAAGCAAGUCUGUGCAGCAUGUGGGUAUCAGCGGUUUUGGCAGAACCAGCCAAUGCUGCAUCGAAAUAUGCCAGCCUGCAACCUUUUACUGAGUGGGGCCAUUCACUUUUCCGGUUGCAUGGCUACCCAGACCAUCAGGAUGUUGAAGCUGUUUGGGCUUCAGAGCAUCAGUGUCGGAACCUUCUUCUGCCAUCAGCGCUUGUACACAAUUCCUACCAUUGUGCAGGCAUGGCAGAAUGAGCAGGCAGGGGUCAUUAGAGAUUUAAAUGAGAUGAGGGGUGGGCUGAUCCUGUCUGGUGACUGCAGGUCAGAUUCUCCUGGCCAUUGUGCAAAAUAUGGCACAUAUUCAUUAAUUGAGGACAGAAUCAACAAGGUUUUAGAUAUUCAGAGUGGCUCGAUUAAGUGCUGGAAAUAGCGGACGACGGGCACAGAAUGGUAACAAAACUCUGAGACAUUUGCAGUUCUGUAGAAAUGAGUCAUGUCAUUGUCCAGCUCAGUUCCGUUCUCAAUAGCAUCAGUACAUCAUUUAUAAUAAUGGAAUAGAGUCUGGGAAUGUGUCGACACGGCGGCAAUGCAUUCUGGGAAUUUAGGUCACGGGAGCUACAGCGGAGACUGAGUGGUAGUGAAUGUAGACUUUUUAUAUUAUUUAAUGUUUAUAUUAUUCUACUUAAGAUCGCGUUGCAGUGGUUAAGGCUUACUGUAUCAUCAAUUGUCAUAUCCCUUUGCACGGCCGGUGUGAAAACGUGCUUUCUCCGCGUUAUAAUGCCGAAAAAGCAGAGGUUUUACCUGCAGACAUUGAUGAUAAAGGCUAUGGCAAUUGAUCAUUCCAACGUGAUCUAAUGAAUCAUAUAAACAUUAAAUAUGUCUACAUUCACUACGGAACUCGGAUGAAAAUUAAACCGAAACUCGUAUGGUAAAUAUCUAAAAUAAAAUGUGGCUUUAUCAUCUCUGUAGAUUUAAUAUAUUAUGGAUACAGUGAUUUGCAUUAAACUGUAAGCCCUCACACCACUAAUAGAAGGAAAUCAUAUAUGGUAUUUGCAGCAGCUCGUUAACCCCGACGCUUUUUGCACGGAUUAAGUUUGGUUAAUUCAUUUGAUCUCUCGCAUCGUUGUUCGGCAUCGCUAGUAGGAAUCUUCAACUUGGUUCGGUUAAGUCAGUGUAUUUAUUUGCAUAGCAUCCACAAUACACAUCGUUUCAAAGCAGCUUCAAGUUCUGUUACCUCUAUAAUGGCUUAAUUCUUAACACUGAGCAGUUUUACCGGGCAAUAUAACGAUAUAACCAACCUGAUCUCACAGAAUUCCGUUUAAUGUUCACGGACUUAAUUAACCUCCGAAUCUGUGGUGGAAUCACGGAAUCGCCGAAAAUUCCGUGCUGGGCUCACAGAAGGCAUCAGCCGUGGUCCAUGCACGGAUUCACUGGUUCAACACCAGCGCUGCAUCGGACCACGUAAAAAGAGUGACUCCGAUACAGUUAUAUUUUCACUGGAGUACCUGACCCCACCCCUACCCUAAACCUACCCAGUUCUGAACAAUAAUGAUGACGAUAAAUUAUCGCGUCGGCAUAUUGAAAGUGUUGAACCAGUGGAUCCGUGUGUGGAGCACGGCUGAUGCCUGUCACUGACUUGCAUUGGUAUCACUUCUGUGAGCCCAUCACAGAUUUUUUUCUGUGAGCCCAUCACGGAAUUUUCGGCG